UAUUACAGCUUUGAAGCUUCCGGGACUCUGAGCUGAAUACCUGUCUCCGCCCACAUGCACAAAACUGAAAGAGAAACUACAAACUCACUUUGACUCGAUCUCAUCUCGGUCAUUUAGAGGCUUCAGUGCUGAUCAAACCUUUAUUAAAAUACUGAAAAGAAAAUCAGAAAUCUGCUCUUUAUCAGACAGACAAACGUCAUGGGAUUUGUUCUCAUCUUCUGGAUGAUCAGUUUGCUGCACGUCGCAGAUCAAGCUAAAUCUUGAGGAGUUUUCUGACCAGAUGAAGAUGAUCUCCUCCUCUUCCUCUCUCAGGAUGAAGAUGAUGUCCAGCAUCCUGCUGCUCCUCAUCCUCAGCUCAUGUCUCUGUGCAGCAACAUUUGUAGUGAAUGUGGCACAGAGCAGCUAUCAGGCAGAGGAGAAGCAGAACAUCACUCUGGAGUGGACCUUCACCACCAAGACUCAGGGAACCUCCAGGGAACUGUUCAUUAUCUGUGAAUUUAGAACAGCAGUAAAGUCAGGGAAAUUAUAUGUUUAUCGUGAUGGAGUUGAGAUUCCAGAGUUUCAGGAUGAUCAGUUUUCAGGACGAGUCCAGAGCAACAAAGACGUCCUCAGAGAAGGACGAAUCAGACUCCAUGUGUCCAGACUGAGGACUGAAGACUCUGGUCUGUAUCUGUGUGACGUGAAAACUGGAGAUGGAUUCAACUCUGCAGAAUGUCGACUCAACGUUACUGAUGAAGUGAAGGUUGUUGGUCAUGAUCCGAUACAUGCAAAGGUUGGAGACGACGUUAUUCUGCCAUGUCAUCUGGAGCCUCCAUUUGAUGUGAACAAACUUACGAUUGAAUGGAGAUUCGAAUAA